UUUUCUUUUUUUUUUCGAGGCAGAGCUGGGGCUGGUGGCUGUUUCAAUCAAAGGGAAGGCAGAGGGAAGGGAGGCUCUGCGGAGAGAUGUAAGAUGGCAGAGCUACAAAUGUUGUUAGAGGAAGAGAUUCCGGCCGGUAAAAGAGCGCUUGUGGAGAGUUACCAAAACCUGACCAGAGUAGCGGACUACUGCGAGAACAAUUAUGUCCAGGCCCAGGACAAGAGGAAAGCUCUGGAGGAGACCAAAGCCUACACCACCCAGUCCCUGGCCAGCGUGGCCUACCAGAUCAAUGCCUUAGCCAACAAUGUACUGCAGCUGCUGGACAUCCAGGCCUCGCAGCUGCGGCGCAUGGAGUCCUCCAUCAACCACAUCUCCCAGACUGUGGACAUACAUAAAGAGAAGGUGGCCAGGCGGGAAAUUGGGAUUCUCACCACCAACAAGAACACGUCGAGGACCCAUAAGAUUAUAGCGCCAGCUAACAUGGAGCGGCCUGUCAGGUACAUCAGGAAGCCCAUUGACUACACUGUACUGGACGACGUUGGCCAUGGCGUCAAGUGGCUAAAAGCCAAGCAACAUGGAAACAACCAGUCAAUCAGAGGAGGAACACUAUCGAGGACCAAUCCGCCGACCCAGAAGCCGCCAAGCCCUCCCAUGUCAGGGCGCGGCACGCUCGGACGCAACACAUCCUACAAGACCCUGGAGCCGGUGAAGCCGCCCACGGUGCCCAACGACUAUAUGACCAGCCCCGCCCGACUAGGAAGCCAGCAUGGCCAGCAGCACAGCCCCGGACGCACGGCAUCGCUUAACCAAAGGCAACGCACACACAGUGGAAGCAGCGGGGGCAGCAGCAGCAGGGAGAACAGCGGCAGCAGCGGUAUUGGCAUUCCCAUCGCCGUGCCUACACCCUCCAUCCCCAACUCUGGACCAGUCCCGCCCAUGUCUGCUCCCCCGGGAGCCCCUCCGCCUCCCCCACCCCCUCCUCCUCCUCCUCCCAUGGCCGGGCUCGGCCCCCCAGCACCUCCGCCACCACCACCGCUACCCACAGCUGUGGCCCCUGGGCCUGGUCUGGGCCCCGCUCCAAUGUCCCAGUUUGGAACCAUCUCGCGGCAGAUUUCGCGGCACAACCCCUCCAACUCCUCUGUCUCUAUGGUUUCGGCCACGGGCACCUACCGCCGGGCGCCGUCGGUCACUUCCCAGUUCUCCUUGCAGCAGCAGCAGCAACUACAGCAGCAACAGCAGCAGCAGCAGCAGCAGCAGCAGCAACAGCCUCAUAUUAAUGGAGGCACUCCUGGCUACAGCCAGAACUCAAUGUCUAUCGCUCCUCCUCCUCCCCCCAUGCCCCAGCUGACUCCACAGAUACCUCUGACUGGCUUUGUGGCCAGGAUGCAGGAGAGCAUUGCAGAUACUCCUACUCCACCUCCCCCUCCACCUCCAGAUGACAUACCCAUGUUUGACGACUCUCCUCCACCUCCACCCCCUCCUCCAGUUGAUUACGAGGAGGAGGAUGCUGCUGUUGUGCAGUACAGCGACCCCUACGCUGAUGGUGACCCACAGUGGGCACCCAAGAACUACGUCGAGAAAGUGGUGGCCAUCUACGACUACACCAAGGACAAAGACGACGAGUUGUCUUUCAUGGAAGGGGCGAUCAUUUAUGUCAUCAAGAAGAACGACGACGGUUGGUUUGAGGGCGUCUCCAACGGCAUCACCGGACUGUUUCCCGGCAACUAUGUUGAGUCCAUCAUGCACUACGCCGACUGAAGGGACCUGCAGUAACAGUAAAGCCUAUUUAUUCAGUCAUAUCAUAAUCCACUGAGAGACUGACCGCCGCAAUCUUGACUCCUGAGACGCAUCUAGACAUAACUGUAUGAUCUCCUUUUGAUAUGACAGAAUGUUCUUUCCCUUACUGAUUGCAAAUAAAAUGAAAAGUAAUAUCUAUUUAGUUUAUUUUGGUGUUAUAUGGGCGGGUUGGGGACAUUUAUGAAAUAUGUUAAAAAAAAAAAAAAAGCAAAGUUUCUAAAGAAUUGGACUGCACGUGCUCACGUCGGUUGAAUUCAAAGACGAUGGUCACACAGCUGAAGGAUGUACGACAUCAUCUUGCCUAGACAAAAAUUAUUAGGGAUUCAGAGCUGAAUCCUUUGAGUAUUAGGUGUGAUGGAACAAAUUAAAUGUUAAUGUCAUGUAAACACCUUCAGUCGAAGUGUUUGUACUGUUGUAUAUAAUGUGAGCUGCAGCCACUCGGGUUUCUGUAAUGUGAAUUCAGUGAAUGUCGAUUAUAUGAUAGUUUUCAUUAGUGGCGCCCUCCUCGACUCCAUCAGGCUCAUUCGUAAAAUAAGAUGGCCUGUCAAUAAUUUUACAAAUUUAAGUACUGUGUAUGGUAUUUCAAAGACAAACAAAUACUCCUGAAGAUCAGUCUUGGCGUUUAAGCAUGCAAAAUUUUAAGAGAUAUAAUGUAAUCUUAAGUUUAUUGCCAUUAUGCUUCCAUUAUGUUGUAAAUGUAUUCACCUUUUUAAUUUUUAUUACACUGUUGAAAUCACUGAACUUUAUAGACUCUGAAGUAAAUUUCAGGCUUCCCCACAGUCUCACCCUCUAAAUGCCAAUUUGCAUCUUAACUUCAAGGAAUACCUCACAC